GUCCGUCCAUUCACUUCAGCAUCCACACACUUUGAAUGCUCAGUCAUAGCUUCUCUUCAUAGGUAUAAACUUCCACGCAACCGCAUAAAUUAAGAAGAUGAAAGAAAGAGAUUCAGAGAGUUUUGGAUCUCUCUCCCAAGUUCUCCCAAACACUUCAAAUUCGGCACGCAUGAUCCAGAUGUCCAUGGCCAACUCAGGUUCAGCUGCACCCGCACCUGCCGGUCAAGACCGCUCAAAGUGGCUGCUUGACUGCCCUGAACCACCAAGCCCGUGGAAUGAGCUUAAGACCCAAGUCAAAGAAUCUUACCUAACCAAAGCCAAAAAGUUUAAGUCACUUCGAAAACAGCCUCUCCUAAAACGGAUCCUCUUUAUCCUUGAAGCCGUUUUCCCAAUCUUUGGUUGGUGCAGAAACUAUAAACUCACCAUGUUCAAGAACGAUCUCAUGGCUGGUUUAACUCUCGCUAGCCUCUGCAUUCCCCAGAGCAUUGGUUAUGCAACUCUUGCAAAGCUUGAUCCUCAAUAUGGCCUAUAUACGAGCGUGGUGCCACCGUUGAUAUACGCAUUGAUGGGGACAUCAAGAGAGAUAGCAAUCGGACCAGUGGCUGUAGUAUCUCUCCUUGUGUCCUCAAUGUUGACGAAACUAAUCGAUCCAGAAACAGAUCCCUUGGGAUACAGGAAACUCGUUCUGACCACAACUUUCUUCGCCGGAAUCUUCCAAGCUUCUUUCGGGAUAUUCAGAUUAGGGUUUCUGGUGGAUUUUCUGUCGCACGCAGCUAUAGUAGGGUUCAUGGGUGGUGCAGCCAUUGUUAUAGGACUCCAACAGCUUAAAGGUUUGCUCGGUAUAACUAACUUCACCACGAACACUGACAUCGUUUCUGUUCUUCGAGCUGUCUGGCGAUCUUGUCAUCAACAAUGGAGUCCUCACACUUUCAUCCUCGGAUGUUCUUUCCUCAGUUUUAUCCUUAUCACUCGCUUCAUCGUGAAGAAGAACAAAAAGCUGUUUUGGCUACCAGCAAUAGCUCCGUUGAUUUCGGUCGUAGUGUCAACGUUAAUGGUGUUUCUCACUAAAGCCGAUGAGCAUGGCGUGAAGACGGUGAAGCACAUCAAAGGAGGUCUUAAUCCCAUCUCAAUCAACGAUCUUGAGUUUAAUAGUCCUCAUCUUGGACAUAUCGCUAAAAUAGGACUAAUCGUUGCCAUUGUUGCUUUAACCGAGGCCAUUGCGGUGGGAAGGUCGUUCGCCGGAAUUAAAGGGUAUAGACUUGAUGGAAACAAAGAAAUGGUGGCCAUUGGAUUUAUGAAUGUUAUUGGUUCCUUCACAUCUUGUUAUGCUGCUACUGGUUCUUUCUCUCGGACGGCUGUGAACUUCGCAGCCGGGUGUGAGACCGCAAUGUCGAACAUCGUAAUGGCAGUUACAGUUUUUGUAGCACUCGAGUGCUUGACAAGACUCCUCUACUAUACCCCGAUAGCGAUCCUCGCGUCCAUAAUCCUUUCAGCACUUCCGGGACUAAUUGACAUCGAUGAAGCUAUUCACAUUUGGAAAAUCGAUAAGCUGGACUUUCUUGCUCUCAUUGGAGCUUUCUUUGGCGUUUUAUUCGGUUCUGUCGAGAUCGGACUCCUCGUUGCGGUGGUUAUUUCGUUCGCCAAGAUCAUACUCAUAUCAAUACGACCAGGGAUUGAAACCCUCGGGAGAAUGCCAGGGACCGAUACUUUUGCAGAUACUGAUCAAUAUCCUAUGUCGGUUAAGACUCCCGGAGUGUUGAUUUUUCGUGUCAAGUCUGCAUUGUUGUGCUUUGCUAAUGCUAGCUCCCUUGAGGAAAGGAUUGUAGGGUGGAUAAAUGAGGAAGAAGAAGAUGAUGGAAACACAAAGACCAACGCUAAGAAAAACAUCCUCUUUGUCGUCCUUGAUAUGUCAAAUUUAAUAAACGUGGAUACAUCCGGAAUUACUGCCUUGGUGGAGCUCCAAAACAACCUAAUCCAAAAUGGUGUUGAGCUGGUGAUCGUUAACCCUAAAUGGACAGUGCUCCACAAGCUGAAUCAAGCAAAGUUCAUCAACAAAAUCGGUGGAAAAGUCUAUCUGACAAUCGGAGAAGCUCUCGAUGCUUGCUUUGGAUUAAAAGUCUGAUAGUUACAAUAUCUACUCAACAUGCAUAAUUUACGGAGUUGGUGCAUGUGAAUUUUAUGUGAGUUUAAUUUAGAACUUAAAUGCGACGGGUGCAUGAUGGUGAUGUAUAAUUAUUAAGUAUGUGGAGUGUCUUGGUACUUAAGCUCGGUCGCGAUUAAAUAAAAGUCAUGCAAUCUGUAGUAAGACGAUCGAUGCAUGGGUGUGUAACAAUGCAUGCGAUUUGGAAACAAUGUAUAAACAUAAAUGUGUGAUAUAUAUUGGUGGUUGUAAUGUACUAAUGUUACUGUGUUAAA